AUGGGUGAUUCUGGCAAUGGCUGGCAAACGGUGAUGCCCACCACCCACUCGAGUAUACAGCGCCUUUCCCGCGACGCCUGGGCCGAGCUAGAAGCAUGCGAACGACAGAUUCUCAACGAGUGGGAGAGAACACAUACACAUUGGUCUGGAAUUGGCAAACACACACCUUUGGACGACCAUACCGAAGCCAAGAGACUACACACUCGAUUCAAACUCGCCAACGAUACGCCGCUGGGAACCGGGAGCUUUGGAGUGGUGCAAAAGGUCGUCUACGCCAACAACGGUCGCACGAUAUGCCUGGCGAGGAAACAAGUGAGGCCGCCACAUCGGCGCUUCCCAAUAUCACUGCUGCGGGAGGAGGCCAGUGUGAUGGAAAAGCUGGACCAUGAUCACAUCGUCAAGCUGGUUGGCACCUACUGCAUUUCUAGCAAUCUGUACCUGCUACUCUGGCCCGUCGCCGUGUGCAACCUGGAUUGCCUGUUCAACGACAUUGACCAUCUCAAGUCGGGCGACGGCGACCGCGAAGAUAUCAUCAAACGCCUGCAUACCCUUGACCUACAUAACCUGAGCGCGGUGGAUAAGAGAAGCCAGCCAAACACAGGAACAUGCCCUCUGAAAUACCUACAACAAGCGAUGGGAUGCGUUGCGCGAGCCGUCGCAUACUGCCACCAGGAAAAGAUCCGCCACCUCGACCUAAAACCUUCCAACAUCCUGUUGAACCCCGGACGUGUCUACAUCGCCGACUUUGGCAUCGCAAAAGACGUGGGCGAACGAGAUCACACAAUGACCCGAGGACCUGCCGGAACCCCAAAAUGGAGAGCCCCUGAACUCAACCAAGUGCAGUGCGACUGGUCCAUGCAGGCGGCUGAAGUUUACUCGCUCGGCCUUGUCUUGCUGAACAUCGCCACCGUUAUCCAUGGAGGGGACCUGGCUGAUUUUGACGAAAUUAUUGCUGAUCUAACGCUUCGAGGUCGCGAUGACAAGAUCAACGCCUACCUUCCCAAACUGGAGCGUUUGGCUCUGGCGACUCAGGAGGUCCAAGAUGUCAACGCCUUCACCUUUGCACCAAAGCACACUCUGCACUUGGUGUCACAAAUGCUCCAUCUCGAUGCCGAACGCCGACCAUCCAUUUUCCAGGUGGAUGCUGAACUUAUUGACCUGGGCGGCGUGGAACAAGUCUACCAUUCGCAUUGCUGCAAGAAGAGUGCCCGCUUUGUGACUGAUCGGAUCAACACCAAGAUCAGGGCUCUUGUUGACGAACGCGAUCGCCUGAAAGCUGAUCACAUGAAUAUGGCCAAGCGCUUGGAGGUUCUGGAGGCCAAGGACGAUACCUACGAGUCCCGGAUUCUGAAAGAGCGAAACGCCCAGGCCGAGAACGUUGCCCGGCUCCAGGAUCUUCUCAAGAAGGAACAAAGUGAAUGCAAGCGCCUCACAGCACAACUUGCAGAAUUCCAGCAAACGUACAAACGCCAACCGCGACCAACCCUCCCCCGACCUGCCUCAGAUCCAGCUCACGGUGGCCUCAUGAUGCGAAUGCGACCACGUACACAUCCCAUUCCCAAUGAUCCUGCAGCGCCUUUGUCGCCUCCGGUUAAAACGCAGACAAAGCUUGCAGCACCAACUGCUGUCCCUGGAUCCAAGCUCACCUACUCGCAAACGGCCGCAGGCGCCGUCUCUUCCAAGCCUGCAUCUCCCCAUUUGGUAGCUGCCGCUGUCCCAAAGGCAAUGUCUCCUCAUCUACUGCCCCGACGAGAUUCUCUCAAUCCCACCAUGAUACCCCGUCGUGAUUCGAUGAAUCGCCUCGCAAACACACCUUCGCCUGGCGCGGCCACUCCCGGUAGUCCGAACCCAGACCUUGCAGGCUACACCCUUCGUUCUCGGAAUUCUGGCUCUCGUCUACCCCAGCCUGUCAACCCUGCCACACCCAUCCGUGCCGGAACCCCCAUCCUCAACCGUGACCCGUCAUCGACAGACAGCACAACAUACAGCAUGAACAGUUCGGUCUUCAGUCGCCUCGAAAGCUCCAAGCAUUCACUCGCCGAGACGAGUGCUGCAGGAACCCCAGCCAUGGGUACUCCGGCCCUGACUCAGGAGAGAAAGAACUCGCACACCGGAGAGUCAUACGAGCAUGUUGACCAUGGAGGCUCGGAAGAGGACCAAACAGUAGAAAUGAGGUAUGGUCUUGGUAUCACUGGUAUGGUGCGGAGGGAGAGUGUUUGUACCAGGAGGAAUAGCAUCCUGGACAGUGCCAGUGUUGCCAGCUCCAAUAUUGCUGCUACCGCGAGCAUGGGUAGCCCUCACCCCAGCAGUUCGGCCCUCUCAUCGCCGCGGGCGGCGCACGCGCAUCUUGACGGCCACAGGUCUUCAAUGUUCAAGGUGCCUUCGAUGCCAACACAUCAAAGCUGGGCCGAUGUCGCGAGAAAGGAGAGAAGAUAG